CCACUCUCGAAGGUUCUAUUUUGCGCUCUUGGACAGUUGACGGUUGAAAGCCGGCAAUUUUUGGAGAAAGUUUACCUUAAGUAAAGGCCAGUGAUCCAAUUCAGAUGAGGACUAAAUGUGACAAUAAGCAGAGACCUCACCACCUUCAACACUGGAGAAGAGACAAUGAAAGGAGUAUAAUAAUUCGCCAAACACCAUCACAAAGAUCAGUAGUAAAAGCGUAACCUGUUUUGACAACUGCUCAGUGCUCCUGGGGCUCAAAAACAUUUUGACAGGAAGAAGUUCAAAUUACACGAUGCUACAUGUCAUGGUGAAAAAAAAAAGAUCAUACUAUAUUUGAAGUUUAAAAGCUAAAAUAUCUGGCUUUGGAAGUCUCUCCUACUGCAUGUUGCCAUAUGUGUCACUUGACACCAUUCCAAAUAGCUGAAGCACAAAAUUCUCCAGAAGGGCAGGUUCCUCGAAUCUUGUGUAAAACCAGUUGUUUACAGAUUCAGGAGUUUUACAGGAGAGGUUCAGGCAGUAUGGGCGUGUUUGACAGCUGCUCUGUGCUUCGGAGAUCAAAAACUUGUUUUUAAGGAGAAGAAGACGCUCACAUCAGUGGCGAAACAGAUUUCUUCCACAAUCAACAAACAGUACUCUCUGGCAGUGAUCUCCAACUUCCCCAACCUGAGCUCCAACAGGCUGCACAGCAUCCAGAAGAACCAGACGCUGAUGGUCGACUUUGAUUAUCUGUACAAACGUGAGCGCCGUUCUUCUGUCAGUGGAUGAGUGGAAGAUGGACACUUCAUCAUCUCCGGGUCUUCCUCCCUCCAAGCUUUCAAAAGGUCCGAUUUCAUCAGAGGGACCAGCUAUUGAAAUAAAUAAUGUGAAGUUCAGAAUCUACAAAGAGUCGGACUCUGCUCUCCCAGCAUUCCCUGAUAAUUUCCAGGUGGCAAAGUACUCUGUUUUUGGACAGAAGAAUGGCAGCAGGUUUUACGUGUUGGAGCUGCAGAGCGCCCAAGGUGAGCAGGGAUGGCGCUAUCGUGUGGCCAGAUACUGGAAGGACAACGUGCUGUCAAAGAAGGCAGCUGUGAUGGAUCAGCUGGUGUUCAUGUCCACCUCAGAAGAAGCUGUGGACGUUUACAAGGCGCUGAGUGAGGAACUGGAGCGCUCUGAGCUGCAGAGAAUGAGCAGCUUACCUGCUGAAGCGCCACACCUGGGCUCUGCCCCCCUGGAGCAGCUGCUAUUGGAGGAGAAACUGAACUCCGGUGAGUUGUCCCCUGACGUGGCGGCGUUUGUGGAGCUUCUGUGGACCGAAGCUCUCGGUUGCCUUGGAAACAUCCUCAGUGUCCCCAUCUCCAGACUCAGCCUGAACGAUGUGAGCAGAGCUGAAGGCCUUCUGCUUCAGGCUCAGAGGAAACUGAAGGAGGGAAAUAAGGAUGAGGUGUCGUCCCUCCUGGACGAGGUUUUCUUCCUGUUGCCUCACAGGGAGCCCAGACCUCAGCUUCCUGAAGCCAGGUUUCUGUCUCAGAAGCUGGAUCUCUGUCAGUUAAUCCGAGAUAUUUUGAACGUGAGCGAGAUGACCAUGAACAACCCGAAGCUGUCCUCUGUGGGGAAGUACCGCGCUCUUCGCUGUGGCAUGGAAGCAGUUCCCCGGAACAGCUCAGAGUUCCAGAACAUCGCUGCCCUGCUGGAUGACAGCCCGGUGCAGAUCCAGCAUAUCAUUCGCGUCAGCAGGAUGGUUGAGCUUCAAAGGUUUCAGAGCAAGAUUGGGAACGUUAAGCCCCUCCUCCAUGCAUCCAGCCCCAGAAACUUUGUAGGAAUCUUAUCCAGAGGUCUGCUGCUUCCCCGUGCUGUAGUGGAGCAACAUGGGAUUACGAGAACGGACUACGGGAAGCUUGGCAGCGGGCUUUACUUCGGUGAUGCUGUGAGCACCAGUCUGAAGUACGCCCACCCCAGUGAAACAGACGGAUCGCGCCUCCUGCUGGUGUGUGAUGUGGCUCUGGGGGUUUGUAAGGACCUUAAUAAAGAAGCCAAAUCUCUGACCGAGGCUCCUGAAGGCUACCACAGCGUUCAUGCAAUCCGACGUGCCAUCAACCCAAAAUCUGAUUUUGAGGAUGACGAGUAUGUGGUUUACUCUCUUGACCAAGUGAAGAUGAAGUAUGUAGUUCAGUUCAAAAAGGAAGGAGACGAGAAGAAGAACUUCAAUCCGGACAUCAACCUGACUGGAGAACCCAUUGAGCCUGGCGAGAACCCCGAUCUCCCUUCAGAUGAUGUGGAAGAAGAUCUAGAAAAUGUGAAGAACCCUCUGGACGACGUUAAAGCUGGACUGUUGGACAGUUCAGGCCAGAAGCUCCCCCUGCAGGCUGUCCAUGUAAAGUGCAAACUGAUGGAUCUUCUGUCCCAGGUCAUCAUCUUCCAAAAAUACACCAAUCAGAGCUCAGUGCCCAUCGAGGCGAAGUACGUCUUCCCACUGGACGACUCAGCUGCCGUGUGCGGAUUUGAAGCUUUCAUCAAUGGGAAACACCUGGUGGGAGAGGUGAAGGAGAAGGAGGCGGCUCGUGAGGAGUAUAGGGAGGCGAUAAAGAAAGGCCACGGCGCAUAUCUCAUGGACCAGAGCGCACCUGAUGUGUUCACCAUCAGCGUGGGCAACCUGCCGCCUGGCGCCACUGUCCUCAUUAAGGUGACCUUUGUGUCAGAGAUGGUGGUCCAAAACAGGAGCAUCCUAUUCUCCCUGCCAGGCAGCGUGGCUCCAUGGCAGAAGAGCUCUGCCCUCAAUGAGAAAACACAGGGCUCUUUGAAGAAGGUUUGUGUGGCCAAUGAAGCAGCAAGAGAGUUUAUGUUGGACAUGUCGGUGGAGAUGCCCUUUGAGAUCUCUCGCCUAAUGUGCAUCAGCCAUGAAGUCAAAAUUAAGAGGAAGGACUGUAAGGCGGUGGUCAGUGUUCUGCCAGAUCAGGUCAUGGGGUCAGAUGGUUUCCAGAUGUCUAUCACUCUCUCUGAGGUUCAUCUUCCCAGAAUGUGGGUGGAGAAACACCCCGACAAGGAGAGCCAGGCCUGCAUGCUGGUUUUCUACCCAAAGUUUGAGAUUGACUCCAACUCUGACGGCAGUGAAGUUGUUCUUUUGCUGGACACAUCUGAGUCCAUGAAGGGGGAAUCGUUCCAGCUGGCCCAGAAAAUUGCCUUGCAGGUUUUAACGAAUCUGAAGGAUGACGUCAAAAUCAACAUUGUUUUGUUUGGAACAGAUUACAAAGAAGCUUUCUUGACGGCACAGAAACUAGACGAAGUUCAAGAUGAAGCCAAGAAGUUCAUCAAGAGCUGCUCUUCAGUAGGGGGCAGCACUGAGCUGUGGCGGCCUCUCCGGGCGCUCAGCCUGCUGCCGCCGUCCACCGGCGUGCGAAACCUGCUACUGCUGUCGGAUGGCCACAUCCAGAACGCGGCGGCCACGCUGCAGCUGGUCAAAGACAACGUCCAGCACAGUCGCCUCUUCACCUGCGGCUUCAGCUCCACAGCCAAUCGCCACAUGUUGAGAGUCCUGGCUAAGCAAGGGGGCGGAGCUUAUGAGUUUUUCGGCGCUAAAUUGAAGCACACAUGGGCUGAGAAGGUGAAGCGCCAGGUGAAGUGCAUGUCGUCUCCCGGCUGCAGCUCCGUCUCUGUGAAGUGGCAGCAGUCCAACCCCAAAGCUCCUCCGGUUCAAGCCCCGAAGCAGCUGAACUCUCUGUUCAACGACUGCCACACGCUGGUUUACGGCUUCGUGCCCCACUGCACUCAGGCGACUCUUCUUGGAGAUUUGUGUGGUCAGGAGCUUCAGACCAUGGUGUCAACAACAGAGCUGCAGAAGACCAGAGGAACAUUUCUUCAUAAGCUCACAGCAAGAGCCCUGAUCAGAGACUACGAGGAUGGAAACCUUGAUAUCACCGAAGCUGAACACGAGGGUAAAAAAGCAGAGUUGAAGUCCUUCAUCAUCGAUCUGAGCAAAGAGUUCUCCAUACUGUCUCAGUUCACCAGCUUCGUGGCCAUUGAAGAGAGGGAUUCUAAGAAGGCAGACGAUGGCGUCACAGACAUCCCAAAGCUGAUCGCAGAGGAGGAUGUGGACUUCUUGCCAUACAUCAGCUGGAGUCUUCCUGAGGACAAAACGUCUGAAGAGAGCGAUGAAGAAAUUUGUUUUGGGAGUUCUCUGAUUACUGAAGAGACGUUGGAUGACUUACCCGUUGCCACUAAAGAGACGUCUGAAGAGAGCGAUGAAGAAAUUUGUUUUGGGAGUUCUCUGAUUACUGAAGAGACGUUGGAUGACUUACCCGUUGCCACUAAAGAGACGUCUGAAGAGAGCGAUGAAGAAAUUUGUUUUGGGAGUUCUCUGAUUACUGAAGAGACGUUGGAUGACUUACCCGUUGCCACUAAAGAGUUGGUUCGACUUCCUGAACAGAUGAUGUGUUGUCGCAUGAGUGAAGAGAUGGAGACUAAUCUAGUGCCAAAGUUAAGAGAGCUGGCUGAUCCAUUCUCCAUUAAACACCAAUCAGCAACUGCCUUUUUGGAUCUAGAUCCAGACCCAGAAGAACUGAAGCUGAAGUGGACAAAGAUCUUCCAGCUGCAGCAGGCGGAUGGAUACUGGGAGUUAACUGUUGAACUGGGAAAACUGAUCAAUGUCAACGUGGAUGUGUUUGCUAACGUGUUCCUGAAAAACAAAGGCAUUCAUUCUCUGGGUUCUAAGGUCAACGAAGGCAUCCGGAGGCUGGUGGCGACUCUGUUGGUUCUGCAGCUGAUGAGGGAGGAGAAGCUGGAGGAAGGAAAACUGCUGCAGAGUCUGUUUGACCUGAAGGAGCCGACUGGGUCCAGGCCUGAGCGCUGGGAUCAGGUGAAGAAGGCAGUGGACUGGGUGCGCCGGGCCAACUGGCAGUAUCCGUACGCCUGCCGCCUGCUGGACCUCGGUCCAAGCUGGGAGGCUUCCAUUUACCAGCUGUUGAACGAAUUUCAUUCGUACAGCACUGAUGGAGAUUCACUGACCGGUUAAUGCAGCACUUUCUGAGAAAUGUGUCUGUCAACAUGUUUUUUGUUUUGCUUGUUAUCUGCUUCAGUUUGUGUGCAAAAAGCUAAAGAAGAUUCUGCAUUGAAUAUUUUUGUUUUAAAUGACCCGAAAAAACAAAACAGGAGAGAAAGGAAGAGAAAUAUUCAAAUUUUUCACCCACUUAAACUGCAAGGUGAAUUAAAUUACAAACAAAACGUUUAACAAUCAUAUCCUUUAUUUGCUCUUUUUUGUUAAAAACUAACAAGAAUAAAUCAAAAUUUGUUUGUUUGGAAUAUUUUUAGACUUCAAUUCUUGUCCUUUAAAGCUAAUCAGUUAUUUGGAGGAGAAAUUAGCCGAUAUUUGAACUCACUUUCAGGUUGCACGUUCAUUUGAAGACAAACCCGCCUUAGUACUUUGCUUCACAUAUAAAAUCUGUUUUCACCUGCUGAUGGUAACAGUGAUAAAAUAUAAAAUGGCAAAAAAGAAUCCUUGCCUCUUUGCAGUAACAUUUGAGCUAAAGCAACAUUUUUCAAUAGCCUUUAUUCACAUGUCAAAAUCAUCCAAAGAAUCUUACUAAGAUGAUUUUGUCUUUAUACCUGUGUCUCAUGCCGGUGAUGGGUUUUUGAGCUUUUCUUUUAAAUUACAUUUGGGUGGUAACGUAGAUGAGAAUCGGGGAAUUAAAUGAACAAAACCAA